AUGAUGAAGCGGCCGCCCGACGAGCCAGUGAAGCUACCGACCACGGCGAAGCGGAAACGCGGCAGACCGCCCAAGAGCGCUCGGCAAUCUGAGCUUCCGAGCCGGAGCAAGUCGAGUGCCAAGCUCUUGCAGGAUGUGCCGGAAAAUGAUCCGGUUCGGAGAUUGGUAAAAGCAGGUCGGAGGAGAGGUGCUCAGACUGCCUACUUCUUCAUCCGUGAGGCUUGGAAGCUGGGCAGCGGCUACGACGACUUGAGCUCCCGCCAGGGUGCCGGCAGACGCUUCCUUGAUCCGACGACGGUGAAGAUCUCCGUUGGAGUAGAGGCCGCAGGCUCCAUGGAGGAGGCAUCGCGGAUCGCCCGUUGCCUCUGCAGCUUGGCGGCCUCUGGAGGUACCUUCGAGGAGGUUACGCGACAAAAGACUUCCCUGUUGAAGAACGUGAGGGCAAGGAGGCCUGGGAAAGACAAAGACAGCAAGAGGACGUCGAAGGUAGCCAAGAGCUCGAAGAAAGCUUCCCUGGAGCCGGUGUUCAAGAGAUCGAAGUUUCCGAGCCGAGAAGGCGAACAUGAAGUCGGUCCGGAACCUGCCGAGGGCAAAGUGCGACACUUCUACGACAUGUUGAAUGCCCGGGAGAGUAUCGCCAAGCGUCGCCGGGCUGGUGUCACCGGUGUGCAGCUGUAUGACGGGCUGUCCCCAAGCAUGGCGACCUACUUCAAGCGCUGGUGUUGCCCGAAUGUCAGACGACGGGAAGACCGCACGACCCGAGACUUCGCUCAACUGGCAGCUGCGGAUGCAAGAUAUCAGCUCUGUAACACUGACGAGGAGCGGCAGAAGCUGAAGCGGCUUCUUGUGCUCAACUUCGCCGUCUGGCGUCUUAUCGGUGGGACCCUCCUUUUCGCUCGGGCUGUGGGCUUCCUCACGAACUGGUCUGAUGUGGAGAAGGAUCACAUUCGGCGUGUGAUCACGCAAGCUUUCCGUAGCGGCACGGCAGCCUCCUUGUUCAGCGAUGCAUAUGAAGCUACCCAGAAGAUCCGGAAGGCGUUCGGCCCAAACUGCGAUGCAGAGAAAGUGAAGGGACUUCUCUACAACCAGGGUCCCAAGGCCGUGGAGAACAGAGAGCCGACCCUGACAUACUUUACGGUCCAUGGCAAGCUGCGGUUGCUGGAUGAACUCUGGCUGGUAGCUCCAGAUGUCGUUGCUGCUGCCGCGCCGGACCAAACAGGCAAGCACCAUUGGCAGAAGGUUGCAAACGUACUGGGUCAGCUACCGUACUUCGGGCGCGACGAGAACAAUCUGCGCGAGCCCACGUUCUUAGCGAAGGAGAUCGCGCAGGAUCUCCUUGACACGCCCGUGUUUUGCGGUGGCAGGGAAAGCGUGGCCGACCUCCGAAGCUUCUCACCAGCUGGUCCAGGAGCACUGCUCGGGCUGAUGCUGCUCUACGAUCUCAAGGAGCGCCCGGAGCAGCGCGAGGCCGUGCCGCUGAUGCGCGCCAUCCUCGAGGAAGCAUCCAAGUACUGGCAGCAUCCUGAGUCGGGACCUCUGGAAUUGCAUGACAUUCAGUUCAUGCUCUGCGAGGUGCAGAAGCUGUUCCACAGCCACAAUGCUCAGAACAGCCUGAGGUGCUAUGGAGUACCUGUUUCCGUCAUGACCGCCUUCGAUGCCAGCGGCGCCACCCUGCCGUGGCAUCAGCUGGUGCAGGAUGCGCUCCUGCUUCUCCAGCACCGUAGUGGAGCUCAUGUCGUGCAUGAGGAGGAGCUGCGGCAGUUCUUGCUCCAUUGGCUGGGAUUCUCCACCUACGAGCCGGAUGAGGUCCUGAGACAUGGAGAUGAGAUUCGUCUCAGACCAGAUACUUCUUCCUGCCUGGCCUUGGAGGGCUUUCAGGUAAUGCAUCGUCUCAUCCGAACUUCUGAGGCCAGGGACACGAGUUUCGUUCUUGAACGUCGGGAAGGCGUCGGCGCACUGCGCUUUGGUGACCAGAUUUGGCUCCGCUCCAAGUGCGGGUCGCACGUUGGAGUGAAGACGGCCCCAGACAAAGUUGCAGCAGGCGCCCAUUUCGAUGCGACGAAGGCCUCCGACCGAUAUGACGAGGCGCGCUUGUUCGUCGUUGAAGAUCCGGCAAGGAGCCCAUCAGACUCGACCGAAGUUCGGACGGGCUGCAUGGUGCGCCUUCGCCUGGGGCAGUCCAGCCACGGCACAAGGCUGUGCUUGAAAGCUCCGAGCGCUGCCGGAAGUCGAUGUACUGCGGAAGACGAGGCUCAAGAGCCCCUCAUUAUGCUCGAGCAUUGCCCUCAUCGCGCUCAGGUCGCAGCCAAGCUGCGGGCCCUCUUCCAGCAGGCAGUGGCCGAUUCCUUCAGAGCAGGUGCAAUAGCUCGGCACGUUGCACCUGGAGGCGAACGAUUGGUGUCCCUGGCCGACGUGGCGGGGGUACGCAGACGUCUGAUUGGAAGCUUCUGA